CUGAGCUUCUUGUUCUCUCUAGACAUUGUAUAGCUGCUGUCACUCCACUCGCUGGGGAAUUCGUGACAAGAUUUUACUUGUCUUUCCAUGCUGUUCCUUCCGUGGUUUCUUUGUUUCUUUUUGCGAUCAAGUUCCAGAUGGCUCAGCAGUGCCUCCAACAUGAAUAUUUUGACAGACUGCUGGAUGCCUGCACACCUUGUCACCUUCGGUGUUCUCACACCCCUCCUCUCACAUGUCAGCGUUACUGCAACACGGCGAUAAAUGCCAUUCUUUGGACCUGUUUGGGCCUGAGCUUGCUGGUGUCUUUGACAGUUUUCGUGCUGAUGUUCUUCCUACGGAAGAUGAACUCUGAACCAUUGAAGGAUGAAGUUAAAAACACAGGACCAGGUCUCCAGAAGGAGGCAAAUGUUGACCUGGAUGACAGGAAAGAUGGCAGGACCGGGGAGGAAGUUCUUUCCAGAAGCCUGGAGUACACUGUAGAAGAAUGUACCUGUGAAGACUGUGUCAAGAGCCAACCAAAGGUCGAUUCGGACCAUUUCUUUCCACUCCCAGCUAUGGAGGAAGGUGCAACCAUCCUGGUCACCACGAAAACAAAUGUAUGCAGUGGCCUGCUAGCUGAUGGGAGUAUCACAAGGAUGGAGAAAUCAAUUUCUACCAGAUAGUUAAGCAUUUUGAGUGGUGUGAGCUACUUAGAAAAUCUGUUGUCAGAAGGAAAGGAGGAUGUAUCAGAUCUCUUUAGGAUGAUUGUUACCAGUUACCGAUACAGCUUUUUGUCCUCUAGUUCUAGAAAAUCUUUAUGUUAGAUGUAGUUCCCUAUCUUACUUUUGGGAAUGUAACUGUGGAAAUUUCAUUGGUUUUAAUAAUUAAAUUCUUGAUUCACUGAAAAAAAGUACGGCAAUGUGUCGAUCCCAUGGUCGCACCUUUCUGUGCUGGACCACUUCCCUCCUCUACGUGCAUAUAUGAACUUCAAGACGAAUGGAAUUUUUCUCUUUAUCACCAAAGGUAAACAAGGUUAUUCUAUGUAUUUCUGUAGACAGGAGAAGCCUAGGGCCAGCCAUGCUAAUUCACUGUGCCAUGACCUUGUGAGUUUCCAGCUAACUGGAGGCUUCAGGCAUUAUUAUUCUUAUUCUUAUUUUUUUAAUUCUCA